AUGGCACAAAUUCUACAGCGAUGGGUCGAGCAUUUUCGAGGUGACCUCAACCGCCCUUUCGCCAUCUCCGACGUCGCCAUCGCCCGUCUGCCGCAAGUGGAGACCAACGCGGCCCUCGAUCUCCCGCCAUCUCUCCAGGAAACCAUCAGGGACGUGCAGCAGCUCUUCAGCGGGAAGGCACCCGGAUCGGACGCAAUCCCUGCUGAGGUCUACAAGCACGGAGGUCCCCAACUGAUGGAUCACCUGACUGCGCCCUUCCAGGAGAUGUGGCGUCAAGGUGAAGUCCCGCAAGAUUUCAAGGACGCCACCAUCGAGCAUCUCUACAAGCGCAAAAGGAACCCUCAAGUCUGCGACAAUCACCGUGGAAUCUCCCUGCUGAACAUCGUCGAGGAGAUCUUCGCUCGCAUCCUUCUCAACCGCCCCAAUUACCAUCUCGAACAAGGCCUUCUGCCAGAAAGCCAAUGCGGCUUCCGUCGUCAUCGUGGUACCACGGAUAUGAUCUUCGCAGCCCGCCAACUUCAGGAGAAGUGCCAGGAGAUGCGGACCCACCUGUACUCUACCUUCGUGGACCUGACGAAAGCCUUCGACACGGUGAAUCGUGAAGGACUGUGGAAGAUCAUGCAGAAAUUCGGCUGUCCGGAGCGGUUCACUCAGAUGGUACGUCAGCUGGACGACGAUAUGAUGGUGCGAGUUACGGACAACGGAGCUGUCUCAGAGGCAUUUGCAGUGACCAAAUGCAGCUGCGUUGGAGCGCUCACCUGGUGUACAUGGACGACGAGCGACUACCCAAAUGACUCUUCUACGGAGACGUUGCGACGGGUUCUCGCCGUCAAGGAGGCUAAAUUCGGCGUCACAAGGAUACCCUGA